AUGAAGGGGAUCACCGACGAAGACUACGAGCAUGCUCAAAAAGUAUGGAAACUUAUCACUCCAGAGGGCUCUGAGGUCACAAUGGGCGACUACCAUGACGCGUAUCUCACCACAGACGUCCUGCUACUAGCUGACAUCUUCGAGAGUUUUCAAAGCGUGUGCCUAGAGAACUACAAGCUCGACCCCGCCCACUUCUACAGCGCAUCUGGUCUCGCCUGGAAGGCUGCGUUGAAGUACACCGAGAUCAAGCUGGAGCUCCUUACGGACCCCGACAUGCUCCUGAUGUUUGAAAAAGGUAUCCGUGGAGGCAUAACCCAGUCCGUGCACAGAUAUGUCAAAGCCAACGCCAAGUACAUGGGGGAUCAAUACGAUCCGGAGGCUGAGUCGUCAUACUUGCAGUACCUCGACGCCAACAACCUCUACAGCUGGGCAAUGCGUCAAGACCUGCCCACGCACGGAUUUAAAUGGUUAUCGAAUGUGGAGACCUUUACCGAGAAGCGCAUCAGCAAGCUCGUCGCUGACAACAAGCACGGCUACAUCUUGGAAUUUGACAUCGAUUAUCCAGAGAGCCUACACGACAAGCACAACGAGUUACCCUUCCUGCCGGAGCGCAAGGUGGUUCACAAGGUCGAGAAACUGAUACUAAAUUUGGAACACAAGCGGAGGUAUGUGGUGCACAUCGGAGCCCUUUACGAGGCUCUGAAACACGGACUCGAGCUCAAGAAGGUGCACAGACUCAUCCAGUUUAAUCAGAAGCCUUGGCUGAGAGACUACAUCGAUCACAACACGAGGCUUAGAACCGCCGCCAAAAAUGAGUUCGAAAAGGACUUCUAUAACCUCAUGAACCUCUCGGUGUUUGGCAAGACCAUGGAGAAUUUACGGAAUCACCACAACAUCCAGCUGGUCACCAACGAGGAGAAGUACACGAAGCUCGUCAUGAAGCCGAACUUCAAGGGCGAAAACUACUUCAGCAGCCACCUCAUGGGCGUGGAAAUUGGCAAGGCUGAGGUGAGCAUGAACAAGCCGGUGUAUAUUGGUCAGGCUAUUUUAGACAAAUCGAAAGUGGUGAUGCACGAGUUCCACUACGACUACAUGCAGCCCAAGUAUGGCAGGAAGCUGCGGAUCUGCUAUAUGGACACGGAUUUAUUCGUAUACCACAUCAGAACAGAGGACUUUUACCGCGACAUUGCCCAAGAUGUCGAGACACGUUUCGAUACGAGUGCCUAUAGCAAGGAUGAUGGCAGACCUCUUCCCAUCGGCAAAAACAAAAAGGUAGUGGGUCCCAUGAAGGAUGAGCUAAGUGGUAAAAUCAUGACAGAGUUCAUUACACUGAGACCGAAGCUGUAUGCUUACAAGAGCCUCACGAAGGAGGGUGGUGAUCGCAAGGCGAAAGGUGUCACGAAGAAAUCCAUCAGCUUUGAGGACUACCUUCAAUACCCUCCUUCGAGGACUAGGAGGCGGCCAAGGAGAGCAAAUAAAUGGACCAUUAAAGUUGAUAAAAUAAAAAAAAGAACGCCUUGGGAACGUGAUUGCGAGCGAUUCUUUUGCAUUGGCGACUGUGGUCACAGGAGGGCGUUGGAUUGA